CAAAAUAAUGGACACACGGACGUACGUACGUGACGGAAGUACCAACAAAAAAUAAACAGUUCAUAAACUGAUAAAUGACUGCAUCAUGUUUACGUAACACUGUAAAUAACUGUCGUGGAAACGGAUAUAGGCUGCGCUUAUUGAUGGCUUUUUCUUGACAACAUUUUGUUUGGUGUUACGGUGUUACCAAAAAUGGAACGAAAUCGUUGUUGGUUCCGACUGAAACUGUUACUGGCUGUGGCGAUGUGCUUGGUUGAAACAGCACGCAUUACAAAUCAGGUCAAAGAUCAAAGGUCGCCAGAAACAAGAAGGUCAUUGGUUGCAAUGGUGGAAGAACGUUCCGACUUAAACACAAUUCCCGCUGGUUCCAUAGGGAUUGAUACCAGUGCAAAAGCGAAUCCGUCCACAGAAGCUGAAAGCAACGUUGAAGAAAACAACCGUCCAAAGCCAGGAGAAGCGAACCCAAAUAAAUCAGUAUUUGGUGAAUAUGGAUCAACCUCAAAGAAAACGUCAGUUGCAGAAGCACUGCAUUUACUUAGAAAAGGACAAAUACCCGUUGAAGGUAGAUCUCUGAGAGCUCUGCGGAGGGAUACCUUUCCUAGCAAGCAAGGAGAAACAGAUGUAGAAAGUUUAGUUCAGAGAACAAACGGGCACGGUGUUGUUAGCAAAAAAACACCCAAGCUGUAUCUUGGGAAGACAAGGAACACAAAUAGGAUGAGAAGAGAAGUUGGUGUUACCACAUCAAUGAUUGCAAAUGAAUCCACUGACAAAGUCACUAAAACUACUUCCAAUCCAAGUCCUUCCACAGUGAAGCAGAACGGCAAUGAGCAGUCAAGAAUCACCACUCAAAAUGUUCUGUCAGCGACAACCUCUGCAGCCAAUAACAACAGGCCAACUUUCAAUUCGCUGCCACCUCAGAGUUUAUCUCCAGUGCCUCCAGAAACCUCGACAGAGGCACCAGAGGCAGCGCCCAAACCCUCUGACCAAACCACUUCUUCGGAUCAAGGAGUCUUAACAACAGUGACAACAUUGAACCCUCUUCCAGUCCCAACUUCCAUGCACUCUACGAAAGAGCAAGUCCAGGUCACUAGUCAAGCCACUUUUGUAAGCACUGCUGCAAACAGACAGCCCAUCUCGACGCCAAGAACGUCAACAAAACAGCCCGAACCGCCAGUCAUCAAACCAUCAGCACCUACUUCCAGACCUAAAAAUAAACUGUCAACCAAACAUAUCACUACGGUGUCUCAUACGACAGCAUCUUUGAUUUCUUUGCCUACAUCACCGUGGCCAACAAACGCAACCAGCACCUUACCGGAGUCCAAAGUCCAGGAUGUCAAAGAGAGGACCCCGGAUGGCGAUUGCGCAAACGGAAACUGCGAUUCGGCCGUUAUACCACUCAAUCAGUGGACGGACGAUGCUUACUGGGCCUGCGGUAGCCUUCUGACUAUACUGCUGAUCUUGACGGUCGCCGUGCUGUAUACGGGACUCUGGAGAAAGCGUAACCACAUGUCCAACCCAAUCAGUGACGUCAGCUGCCAUGCACAGGCUAGCCCAUCACGCAAAAGCAAAACAGAUAUCAAAGAUUUUCUGAAAAUGAAGUUGCGACACAUCAAGAACCUGACCAACUCCCCGCUAUCGACAUCGUCAUCACUGAGCAAGCAGGAUACCAGGCAACACAACGGCAGCAGCACAAGGAGCACUAACGGCAGAGCCGGUAACCAGUACCCACACAGGUACGACAGGCUCCCUCUACUGGUGGCUGACGAAAACGAGGACGAGGAGGAAUUUACGAGAGAGUGGGGACCACGGACAACGGAACAUAAUGUAUGAUCGUUGUGAAUGUGAAUACAGCACACAAGUGAGUCCAAGUAAAUUAAGGCCGAGUAUAAUAGUAUCUCGUCCGCGCUUUUUGAAAAAAUAACGGAAGCGGCCUCCUUUCAAAAUUGCUUUGAAAGAAGCGUCUUCACAGAAAGUGCCUUUGUGAAUAUAUUUUUAUAUUGUGGAGGGGGGGGGGGGGUUGGGGGUUUCAAAAAGCUUUUUUUAAGGCGUGUUUGUGUGGACAAGCAUUACAUUCACUGUGUGGACUUCCGAACAAAAGAUGUCCACAUAAACCAGGUAGCGGCGACGUUGUGUGGACUUGCCCACGUCCACACAAGGUUUUCCCCUGUCUGGAAAACAGCUUUAGUUUAGAGGCAUUUUUGGGUUAGGUUUAUCCGUAGCAAAAUGAAGAGAAACACUAAAGGGAAUCAUAGAAAAAAUUUUUAGGUUGAAAGAGUUUUCACAGUUUGAGAAAAACUGGUUUUUCUUAACUACACGAAAAAACAAAGGAAUGUUCACACUAGGUAUACAUGUAAAACAAACGUGUGUGUGCUUAAUUGAAAAAUUUGUCUGUGACAAUCAUGAUUGUCAUGGCAAGUAGAACUUCCAUGACUUUUGAAAAAUAUAAUGCACUUAAUUAUAAUUUCCCCUCUUGAUCAAAUGAGUAUUCGAACACAGGGUUAACUUAAUUUAUUUUCCAUUAUUGUGAAUUUCUGGGGUUUUUUUUAUAAAUAAAUCGUUAAAUCACAGCCAAAAAUGUUUGUGAUUGAAAGUAAGGUUUUAAACUUUCAGAGAUCUGCAAAAUGUCCAUUUUGACAAAAUGUGCAUCGUUACACAGAAGACACCCAUCCCACUUAACCUGUGCAAAUCUGUCCAACUAAAAUAGCCCUGAAAUUGCAAUUCAUGUGUAUUAUACUAUUAAGUCUAUCAGUGAUUGAAAGUAAGGUUUUAAACUUUCAGAGAUCUGCAAAAUGUCCAUUUUGAUAAAAUGUGCAUCGUUACACAGAAGACACCCAUCCCACUUAACCUGUGCAAAUCUGUCCAACUAAAAUAGCCCUGAAAUUGCAAUUCAUGUGUAUUAUACUAUUAAGUCUAUCAGUGAUUGAAAGUAAGGUUUUAAACUUUCAGAGAUCUGCAAAAUGUCCAUUUUGACAAAAUGUGCAUCGUUACACAGAAGACACCCAUCCCACUUAACCUGUGCAAAUCUGUCCAACUAAAAUAGCCCUGAAAUUGCAAUUCAUGUGUAUUAUACUAUUAAGUCUAUCAAUGAAAGUUGUCAUUUAUUUUUAGCUGGAGGUAACCAGCGCAACAAUUCAUCAUGUCUCUCUAGCUAGUAACAAACGUUGACAUUGUCUUAUUGCUCUUACAUAUUUUGACCGAUUUCAACCAAACUUUGUCAAAAGUAUCAGUAGCAUAGCCCGAACAUGUCAAAUGACCCAACCAGGGUCAAAGGUCAUCAUGGGUCAUCAUGGGACAUCAUGGUCACCGGGAUCAAAAACCUGAUUUUGUUUUGCUCAAAACACUACUCCUUCCAGAAAUAACACGGCACAAUCACGUGACUCACGCAUGAACACGAAUUCGUUUUCCUGCAGUUUCCGAGAUCCGAUCGAGCUUAUUUAUGACAAAAGAUUCUUGCUGAACGGUCUUGUACGUGUUUGGACUAAUAUACAUGUAAAUUUGUGCAUACAUGUAUGUACACAAUGCAAAAUGUGAUAACAAAUACAGUGUGCCAAACUCCAGCACAUCUAACUUGCAAAUUCUUUAUUCAGCAAAUCUCAUGAAAUUAAAAUUUGUGUUGGCUACUUGCCAAACAUAAUUGUGUUGUACAUUAGCAAUGCAGAAGCAGAGAAAACAAAAUAAAGGGAAAGUGCAUAAAACCGGAAUGCAAAAAAUGUGGAACAAACCAAAGGAGCACAGAAAGAAUUUUUUUUGGAGAGCUUUCAUGGGGAAUAUUUAGCUCAACUGUCUUCUUUAAAUUCUGUCAAAUAUCAGCCAUUCCACUACCUC